AUGGGAGGUCACGCGAUGCGUCUUGUGCUCGUACCAGUCCGAGGCGACCUCGCGACACAACUCCAAGUAGCCAGACCUUCCGACCCGCUAGGCGAGAUCCCCCUACCGGCCCGAGUAUCGACAAAUUCUCGAGGCCACCCUCCCCCUCGAGCACUGCCAGAUACCUCCCUACCGCAGGGUCCAUCUCAUGCCCCUCGCCGGGAACAUAUUUCGGAUGGGGUGAGUCAUAAUAGGACUUCGUCACCACCAAAGCUCACUUCGCCCCCGACCACCCUAGCCUUGUCGGGUUCAGAGCCACGCCGCUCACCUCUAGGUGCAGAGGAGCCAAAUUUCAUACCACAAGGGCCCCGGGCCCGCUCUCCAAUUCACCCAAUACCCCCGUCGCGUUUCUCGAAACCCGCAAGUCGAUCCCCUCAUCUGGAUCAGCAUCAAGAUUCGGAUGCUCCCCUCCCUCCAAAGCGGAUUGAUCACGACGAUCGUGAUGCGAUGACUCCCCCUUCUCUUGACCAAGGUCAGCCUCCACCAAGCGGGCCUAGAAUGAGUGGAAGUGUCCCAACACAACCGAAGAAUCACAGUGCUGGACCGGUUUCACAGCCACCAUCCGGUCCCUACCAGGGACCAAGACCACCAUCUCACCAGCAUCGUGCCUCUCCAAACGUUUCUAUGCUCUCGGCCCCGACGCGUCCUCGUCGUGGACCCAGCUCACGGGAACCUUGGACGGGACCCCCGUCGAGCCGUCGUGGAUCGGCUGCUCUCUCCCACGGUCCACCCGUCGGUCCUCGUGCUUCCUUCUCGCCGCCUACAGCUGGUGGUGGGGGGAUUCCGCCAGUCAACCCCCCGGCAACCGAGCGUGUCAGUGCUCUUAUACCAGAAGGGAAGAGCUUCUCAAACUUCCUGGAUCCCGCUGUGGAGAAGCGGCUGUGUCAACUUGAAACAGACAGAGAAAAGCUUCUGGAACAAAUCGCAGAAACGCAGCGAACCAAGCGCGUGGAACUUCGUGACUGGGAUCGCCUCGAUCGCGAAAGUGCCAUUUGUGCCCUCAAAAGUGAAUUGGCCGAAGGUCAUCUCCAACGAAUGGCCGACGAGAGCAUUGGAGGAGGGAUACUCUUCUAA